ACGCAAUCUCACCAAAAUACAUUAAUAUGGUGAACUGCAACUGCGUUUGAGAGAGAGAAUUGGGCUAAACAGGCAACAACAAACAGAAGAGAAGCUACGAGAGGCAUACACAAUAUUGAAUGAUCGAUUUCUGCAUUUUGGGCACAAUUUGCAACAUCGUCGGGAAUUGCAAACCUAAUUUAUCGCUAUGCGUUAGUUGAGGAAAAUAGAAAAGGCUAACAACGUGUAGUGCUAAAUCAACAGAUUUAAGCUAGAUCCAGGACCUUAUAUCCCAGCCGGGACGAUAAGGAUGAGUGAGUGAGUAGAGUGUGCAGUAUGUCAUCACCUAAACUUGUCACUGACGAAAGGAAGUUUACUUUGUAAUAGACUCUCUUAUAGAGCGUUUUCACUCACGUGGCCAGCGGCCAUGCAAAUUUAUUGGAACAAAAGAAAGUGUUUACAUAUAAGAAAAGAGUUCAAUUCCCACAGGAUUGGUUUUGGACACCAACAUUCGUUGUCUUGAGACACCAAUAUGGCUGCCCUGACGUCAUGUGAAAAUACUCUAUUUCCUGGCAUCGAUCAAGACAUGUUUGUUAAAUAAUACUUAUCUGCAAGUCAUUUCAAUUUCAGGUUAUAACUUUCUUUCGAUCUAGCUCUCAUAGAGAACUAUCAGGAAGUGGCGAAGCAUAGCUCAGUGGUACUGGUGUGGGUGUAAUGACUUCGAUGGACCCGUUACUCAAAACAGCUCUCCUUCGCACUCUAGUUUUCUUUUUACUGACCUCUCUUGGCGCUUGGUUGUUUGUCCUAGUGGAACAUGAAAGCGAAGACACCAGAAAAGAAAAAUAUCAGUUAUUGCACUCACUGUAUACGUCAAUGGCAUCUAAAUACAACAUGACCAUCGAGGAGUUCAACAACUUUUCCAAUACGGCCAAUGAAGCCCUGAGCAACCCUAAACCACGGUGGACCUAUUUAGCCGCAUUCGAGUUUGUCAUUAGCGUAGUAACUACUAUCGGUUAUGGAAACAUCACUCCUCAGACACCAGCCGGGCAGAUAUUAUGUGUCUUCAUUUCGCUACUCGGCAUUCCCAUUGCUUUGCUCACGUUAAAAUCCAUCGGCGAACUCACUGCCAGACGGCUUAACGUAAUGGUCACGAAGUUUGAAAAGAAAAUCCUUAAAAGACCAGAGCCAAAACGAGUUCAAACAAAGAGUGCUAUGAUUUCGGUUGCCUUAAUGGCUGUGUUAAUGGUGGAAUGUGCUUUUUUCGUGACCCAUCUUCUGGGCUGGACUUUCAUCGAAGGACUGUAUUUCUGGUUUAUAACAUUUACUACAAUUGGAUUUGGUGACUACGUUAUCAGCGAUAUCGACGUCCCGAGCUACAACAAAUUAACUUUUAACAUUUCCUUACAUCAAGAAAACAAAGAUGAAUCAGUUGACGUGCAUAUCUACAAUAUACUCAAAAUGUUAAACUGUUUAUUUGGAUUAUGCAUUGUCUCAAGUGUACUCAACUCCAUCAUGGCGUGCAUUGAGGAGGCCGGGAGAUGUCGUCCCCGGUGUCUUGGAUGUUGUAAUCGAAACCUCCAAGACCAUGUGAACAGUGAACAAAAUGACAUUCCAGAACAGCAUGAGAUGUGUGUGGAACAUCUUCAGACUUAGGUUCAGUCUUUAGAGUAUUAUCAGUGUCAUCAUCUUGCUUUCUUUUGCCUUUAAAUUUGAAUCUAAGCGUCAUUAGUAGCCGCUCAGCUGUGUGUUAUUGGAAGUCAGCGAAUCCGAUUCGUUCUCUUGCCCGGCGUUUUCUGUUUAACAAAUAGAUUCCACGUUGCCGUGCGUCUGUUCAUUAAAAGGUCACAGAUUAUGCCAAAAUGCGGUAAGAACAAAAAAGUAGCACAAGAGCUUUCAAAAAGUAGCACAAACACAACAAUUAGAAUAUUCGCUCUCGAUUUCUAUGCGUACUAGUUGAGCCCUCGUCAACUACCACGCAUAGAAAUCAAGAGCGGAUAAUC